AGCUCUCUCGAUCUACGUAACAGGUUUACCUAUGGGUGAGCCUCAACGGACCAACAUUCUCGCUUAUUAUUUCCUACAGACCACAAACUUCCUCCUCUUGUAUUUCCACAGGCUGUACCCAGUCCUUAUCUCCAAAUCAAGAUGGAUUGGCAAGAUCCUCUUCGCAACCUACCCGCCAGCGCACCGCACCCCGUUCCGGAAUCUGUGGCAGACUCGGAGCUGUCUUCAAUCCUCAAAGACAGUAAUGCCUAGUUCGAAAGCCGCUCUGCUGUGUUGAAAAUACUGAAGGACCGCUACGUACCGAAUGGUCCUGAGGAUGACACUACCAAAGUUUUGCGCGCAUUCGUGAUGAAGCUGCCCAAGAGCGGUCAACUUGCUCUGACGUCAGAGAUUCGUCUUUUCAAGGAUGAUCCGGCCAAGUUACGACAACCGCGUAACUUAGUAGAUGCAAUCCUCAAGCCCAUGAGGGCAGCCGGUGAGGGCUAUCGCUGUGCUCUCACCGGCUUGGUCGAUACAGACUCAAAAGACGAAGUACUUGCCGGCCCAUAUAUUCCCGCCCGAUGUGCGCACAUACUGCCGUUCGCACUUAGGAGAUUCGACGAGCAAAGUGCACAAGAGACUGAAAAUAAAGCCACGAUCUGGUGGGCUCUCUAUCGGUAUUUCCCAGAUCUGAAGGGUCUGAUCGGCCCCGAGAGCAUCAACCAACAUCAGAAUGCUUUGACGAUGUAUAUGCCCCAUCAUUUUGAGUUUGGACAGUUCAACCUGGCCUUUAGGUGGCUUGAACCAGCCCUUAUAUGCCUACAUACCGCAAGGCGUAAUGUAGGCGUCUACGUUUUACGCGACAAUGGGUAAAUAGAAUCGAUAUCUCCCUCUGCCAAGCAUCUUACCUGCUCGAGUCUGCACGUCGUGCCGCUAGCAAGCAGUCGCCUUAGGCACCUACGGUG